AUGAUCAGUGUGGCCCCAAAAGUGCCACCUGUCAGUGUCCAUCAGUGCCAGCAGUCAGCGCUCAUCAGUGCCACGUGCCAGUGCCCAUCAGUGCCACAUCACAGUGCACAUCAAUGCCACAUAUCAGUGCCCAUCUGAGCUGCCUUUAAAUGUCACCCAUCAGUGCCAGUCAGUGCCACCUAUCAAUGCCAAUCAGUGCCACCUAUCAGUGCUGCCAAUCAGUGCCAGUCAGUGUCACCUAUUAGUGCGCAUCAGUGCCGCCUAUCAGUGCAAGUCAGUGCCGCAUAUCAGUGCCAGUCAGUGCCGUC